AUGACAGCACACCAAGCCACCGAAAUGCAAUUGCAACUGCUCGAAUCGUUGCACACUCAGGUUUGUAAAACUAAAAACUAUUCUUAUACCUAUGGUACUGCGGGGUUUAGAGAUAAAGCGGCAGUUCUAGAUACUGUAAUGUUUACCACUGGGAUAAUCGCCGCUUUAAGAUCUAUGUCUCACAAUGGGAAAGCCGUCGGGGUAAUGAUCACUGCUUCCCAUAAUCCACCGCUGGAUAACGGUGUCAAGAUCAUCGAACCCGAUGGUUCGAUGCUUUUACAAUCAUGGGAAUCACACGCAACGCAAUUGGCGAAUAUUGCAGCUAAUGAUACUGUCACUCAAUUGAUUCAAUAUAUCAAUGAAAUCGUUGCAACUUUAAACAUCGAUUCAAAUGUGACGCCGUCAAUUGUGGUCGGAAUGGACUCUAGAGAAUCUUCUCCAAGAUUAAUGGAUUGCUUAUUAUCAACUUUAUCACCGGUCUUUAUGGCAAAGAUUGUUAAUCAUAAUAUGCUAACUACUCCGCAAUUACAUUUCUUAACCGCAUAUCAAAAUAAUCAUGAACCAUCUUCAGAUGAUAAGACUGUGAUCUCUGUUAGUCAAUACGAUUCAAAGUUCCAAACCGCGUUCAAAGACCUGAUGAAUCUAUAUGAGAUCAAGGAUUUCAAUGAUUGUUUUGAAUCUUUAGUGGUAGAUUGCGCCAAUGGGAUAGGGGCACCCCAAUUCCAACAAUUCGUUAAGGGCUUACCUCAAUGUAAUUCAAUCAAAUUCGUGAAUGAUGAUUAUACUCAUCCAGAUACCUUAAAUAAUUCAUGUGGCGCUGAUUUUGUGAAGACUCAACAAAGGCUACCUGCAGGCGUCGACGAUUCUCUUUUAAAUGAUAACAAUCUGUAUUGUUCCUUCGAUGGUGAUGCCGAUAGAAUUGUCUUUUAUUAUGUCGGUAAUAAAACUACCAAGUUUCAUUUAUUAGAUGGUGAUAAAAUCGCAACUUUAUUUGCCAAAUUCCUAAAAAAAUUAUUGAUUAAAGCAAAUUUGACUCAAGAUGAUAUUAGAUUAGGAAUCGUCCAGACUGCUUACGCUAAUGGUAGUUCCACCACUUAUGUUCUGGACACUUUACAUUGUCCUGCAUCCUGUACGAAGACUGGUGUCAAACAUUUACAUCAUGAAGCUCAAACUGCUUAUGACAUAGGGAUUUAUUUCGAGGCCAAUGGUCAUGGUACUAUCUUAUUCUCGGAUAAUUUUUACUCGAAAGUUCAAGAACGUCAAACAAUUGCCAUUAAAGAAAAUGACCUAAGUUCCUUAAAGGCAUCCAAGACUCUAUUAGCAUUCUCAAAGGUGAUCAAUCAAACCGUCGGAGAUGCAAUUGCAGAUCUGCUAGGGGUCGUCGCUACAUUAUUAAUCUCAAAAAUGAAACCUUCUCAAUGGGAUAAUGAAUAUACGGAUUUACCAAACUUGUUAAGUAAAGUGAUCGUUCCGGAUAGAACCGUGUUCAAGACAACAGAUCAAGAACGUAAAUUGACUAGCCCCCCUGCGUUGCAACCAAAGAUGGAUCUCUUGAUUAAUAAGAUUGAACAAGGAAGAGCAUUUGUAAGAGCAUCAGGCACAGAAGACGCUGUCAGGGUUUAUUGUGAGGGGAAGCACGCGGAUGAUGUUAAACAACUUUCCAAGGAUAUUGAGGCUUUAAUAAUGUCUGAAGUUAACUGA